UUACGUCUUUUUCUGAUUUUUUCUCGAUUUUUCCUGAUUUUUUGGAGGGUGUACUAUAUAUAUAUUUAAAGUGAACUUACCCUAGGUGCCAUGUCUGUAUGUUGCAGUGCUGACCCUGGCCGGCGCACUGGCCAUGCCGCUGGACUCCCCGGAGGAAGACCAGCCCGACAUCGUGGUCGUGAUGCCGACGUCGCGGACGGACGCGGCGGCCGAGGCCGCGGGAGCCGUGGGGACGGAGCCACCGCUCGCCGUCCUCGGGGCGUCCGCGGCACCGCAGGCCGUCACCCUCUCCGGCGCGGCGAACCCUGCGGACGACAAGGCCGCCCGGGAGGAGGACAUCAAGGACCCGGAAGCGGCUCGUCAGUCCACGUCAGGCGCUCCACGGACCGACGAAGCUGUGACAACAUCCUCAAGACAGCCGGAGGACGCCGACGUCGCCGAGACGCACGUCGGCAUGACAGUAGCUGUACCAGACGGACCGAGCGCCAUCGCAGAAGUGGGUGUCACUGAAAGUCAACAGGUCGGCGAAGUGGCGGUGGUGACUGCAGCCCCGCCGCAGGUCGUCGAACAAGAGGCCACCGUCGCAAUCGUCCCCCAGUUUGCCGAAGAAGUGGCUGUAAGUGCAGGCUCACUGGUCAGCGAAAAUGUCUCAGUCAGUGCACCCCCGCUAGCUGAAGAAGCCGUUGUCGUCACUACGACUCCGCAGGUCGGCGAAGAAGUGGUUGUCACUACCAUCUCGCCAGCAGAAGACAUUGGGGUCACUGCCGAGCCGCAGGUCGGCGAGGAAAGUGCACUUACAACAAUGUCGCAGACUAGUGAAGACGUUGUCGUCACUAGCAUCCCGGAUGCCGUCAAAGAAGUAGGCGUCACUACCAUCACGCAGGCUAGCGAAGAUAUACCAUCCGCCACUGGCGUUGCCAGUGGAGAGGCAAGCCCCGCUACCAACACCCCCCAGCAGACCAGCGAGGACUUGUCCACCAAUAUUAUCUUACAUGCCGGUGAGGACGCGUCGGUCACUUCCGAUCAGAAGUCAGAUGACUCUUCAGACGUCGUCACUGCACUUCCUGGGGAUCGUGUGCAAGUCACUGUCGCCCCUCUGGUCCAAGAAUCGACCGCCACAGCCGCAACGCAACCCGGCGAAGAAAUGGCCGCGGCCACGACCAUUCGGUCCGGCCUGGAACUUACUGCAAACACCGUCCCGAAUUCUGUGGCCGAGGACAACGUGACACUCCGACUCGGGGAAGCGAGUUCUGCGUCGCCAAUCGUCGCGGAGGCCGCCGCCGUGACUACCGCGAUGCCCGACAUGGAGGAGACCGCGUUCACCACCACAUACGGCGAAGUGACUCAGGCAGAGGUGACCGGCGUGGACGCCGCCGACAAGGCAGUCCCCGAGGUGGCCGUCGUGCCCGGGACGGAGCCCCCCCAGGUCGAAAUGAGUGGGGCCGCACUCGACGCCGUGACCGGCAUGGUCGUGGAGUCCGUUACGAGUACCCUGCCGGCGGUCGUCACUGCUCUACCCGAGACCGUGAUCGUCACGGAGGUCGUGGAGGGUAUCGACGAAGUUCCCGUCACAAACGCAGUACCGGCGGCCACCGACGUUAUCAACGUGUCGACCGAGGCGUCAGUGACACAAGAAGUCCCAGUCGUCAGCGAGUUCUCCGCCCAAUCCACCAAUCAGUCAUUCAAGACGCCCGACGAUGUUCAGACCACUGACGUGCCCCAGGAGGCGACGACCGAGAUCCCAGAAGCUUUGACGACAACGGAAGCGAUCAUCGAGGUGGCCGUCGACAAGGUGGCGGGUCAGCACGUCGCUGACCUGGUAAGCACCGCCGGAGCACCGGAGGUUCUUGUCACGUCCAGCGUGGCCCCGAUGAUUGAGAAGCAGGACAGCGCCGUGGACGAGGCAGUGGUCCCCGAGACCAAGCCCCAGCCCGUCGAGGUCGAAAACAAAGUCGUUCCCGUCGACGUGACAACCCCUAGUCCGAGCGGGUUGAUCAGCAGUGAGUCGUCGACAGCAUCGUCCACCUCUGUGACGGAGACGACAAGCGGGGUGACGCGCGGCGGGGUGGCCAAGCCCAUCAACGAGGCCGCGGGCCAGCCAGAGGCGCACGUCAGCGAGGACGUUGAGGCCAGGCCCGUGGUCGCCAAGGCCGGCUCCAAGGUCCCCGAGGCCGAGCCGAGCCCGCCGUCCGAGGGACGCAGCCUUACCAGUGGCGAUGGCGUCGUCAGCAACCCCGACUGUCCCAAGGACGUGAUGGAGGCCGACGCCCGCUUCUUCGUCAUCGUGGUGCUGCUGGCCGCGCUCAGCAUCCUGGGUGUGUCGGUGGUCAUCCUGGUCAUGAAGUUUCGCGUCAAGCCAGCCGCCAGGAGGUCCAUCACCAUGUCGAUGUGCUGGUGCCUGAGGCGGGCGCGCCGCGCCACCAUCACCCCUCCGUUCGCCCACCACCACCAGCACGCCAGUGAGGUUGAGCGGGGGAAGGGGAAGCAGGAGGACUACAACCUCGCCUCCGACGAGGACUGCCGCGCCGACGAGGAGGUCACGGCCAGGGCGGCCCAGCAGGCCCGGGAGACGUCCAGGGACAUGCCGACGUGGACCUUCUGCGAGAAGAGCGCCGCAGCCGCCGGUCCGCAGAGCCCGGCCAAGGAGGACGAGGUGGUCAGCUCAAAAAUGUAGAGAGAAAUAGAACUUUAUUAAUUUUCUUAAGUUUUUUUUUUUCGGCGGUGAAAGCUGCUGCACAAGAAAAUUGAAACACGAUACGCUUUUUAUUUUCCCUUUUAUUACUUCUUUUGAAAUUAUCGUUGUGCCAUGACGUGCGAAUAACUUAUGAUGGAUUGUAGCUUUAGGACCUAUAAUUACUGGCAUCUUGCAUGGUGCAAUUACGUGUGGACUUAGUCUGCACAGCAAUUACCAAAUGCUAAGCCUAGUGGCAUGCGGACCACAGUAAGGAUUUCAAAGCCUUCAAAUCCAUUGUGAUCAAUUUGAGCUGUGAAAAUUUUGAGACAUCACUUACCCUUGUAGUACUCCAGUAUUUUGUCAUGUAUAGAUAAAUAUGUGUGUAAUUUAUAUUUUGCAGUGAUGUACAUAUAUGUAUGAGAGAUGUAAAUAGGUACUUAAGUUGCAAGUAAGUUAGAUUAUUUCUGAUGCUAGUUCCUCUUUUUACACUCUCAGCAAACUGUUGGCGGUAUGCUGUGCAUUAUAAAGAAUACUUUACUUAUAAACGUCUAAGAAGUUUAAGAUUUUGUUGUUUUUAUUUGCUUUAUACUUUUGUAAACGAAACUUGUCUUAUAUUAAGGCAAGAAUUACUGAAAUAACAAUUAACGUCAUUGCAUCCUCCUCUGUUAUUUUUAGAACAAAAGGACCUACGUCUUCACAAUACUUAUUUUAUUAUCAUGAUUGUAUCGGUAGCAGUUACCCUUAGUCUCAGCUAGGGACGAAUACAGAUUUAUUUUGUUGUUUUAUUUUUGUUUGUAAUUUUUUUCAAAAUAAAAUUAAUUUUAAACUGAAGUUUUA